AUGAAGCAGCCUCUUCGAGUUGCAAUUUGCGGUGGUGGUAUCGGCGGCCUCUUUCUCGCCCUUGUCCUGAAGAAAUAUGCCGGGUCGAAAACCUUGCUUCUCCACGUGUAUGAGGCAGGGCCACAUUUCACUGAGACUGGCGCAGGCAUUUCGAUCUGGGACAGGACUCGGAGUAUGAUGAAGACGCUCGGUUUGGACGAGGCAUUGGCAAAGCAGGCAGUUCAGAUGCCGUCCCUUACCUUCAGGAAGAGUGAUACAGAGGAUCCUGUUGAGUGGUACAAGUUUUUCAACCCAGAUGCUAGAGCUAUUCCCAGGACAGAGAUGCUGAACUUUCUGGUGGACAACCUGUACCUAGAGAACACGUCCUUUCUGACCACGCACUUCUCCAAACGCUUGACUUUAUACGAACAAGACGCGGACGAUGGCUCUGUGGCGCAAGCAGAUAUCCUCAUCGGCGCCGAUGGCGUAGGUUCUGCUACACGCAAGAAGAUGUACAGCGACCUUGCGGACCGCGCGCGCCCCACGGGUCCGAAGAGGGCUGAAGAACUGACGGAGCUCAUCUCACCAAGUUGGACGGGGACGUACGCGUACCGGACGCUUCUCAAAAGCGAGAAAGUCGUAGACAAAUCACCGAACAACCCAAUUCUUCGCGGCGGGAUAACUCGGACACUCAUGGUCUCUCCAGUGGUGCGGCAAAGACAGGGUAUUGUAGUUCAGAGCCUUCAUCUUGUCCGUGUUGACAGAUCUCGCGCCCAGCACGUCGUCACAUAUCCGAUAUCUCCAACGGUCAUCAACGUCAUCUUUUUCGAGACCGUCAUAGGUGGCUUGGGACAGCCGCUGACGGGCCCUACGACGUCGAUCGCGUCGAGAGAAGAGGUCAUCAACCUGUACAAAGGCUGGGAACCAGAUCUAUGUGCAUUCACGGAGCUCCUAUUUCCUGUGUCUGAUCGUCGUUCCCAAGAUCGCCGGAGAGACUUCGAAGUGGGCCAUCAGUCAAGUCCGUGGCUUGCCGCACUACGUCGACGGGCGCGUUGCCCUCCUGGGGGACUCUGUACGUUCGAGCAUCAGCUCCCUUCCAGCCCCACAGCUGACCUUUCUUACGAGGCGCAUGCCAUGUCCACCCAUCUCGGCGCAGGAGCGGGCCAGGCGAUGGAGGACGCAUACGUCCUCGGCCGUCUUCUGGCGCACCCCGCGACAGACGUGUCGAACGUCACAGACGCGCUGCGCAUCUACGACGCCGUCCGGAGGCCGGUGGCGAGCGAGGUCGUCGAGCGGUCUCUCAAGGCCGGCCUCCUCUACGAGUUCGUCGCGGAGGCGUUUCCACCAGGCGCGGACGCGGCGAAGGUGCACGCUGGCGAUCCGGACGAGCUGCAGAAGGUGGCGGAGGAGGUGAUGGACAUGUGGGUGCGGCAAAACGCGAGCACGCCGGAGGAGGACUGGCUAAAAGUCCAGGAGAUGCUCCGGACGGCGUAG